AUGACAUCGGAAGGUUCUUGUAUGGUAUGUCUCUCACCAGCAAUCAACAAAUGCUCCGGCUGUCAGAUCGCUCACUACUGUUCUCGAGAUCACCAAAAACAGGAUUGGAAAACUCACAAGUUCCAGUGCGUGCCAUUUAAGGUGAAGGAAGAUCAAAAGCUUGGGAGAUAUUUAGAGGCUACAAGGGCAAUUAAAACUGGUGAUGUGGUAUUAAAAGAGAAACCGCUUUUAACGGGCCCGGCACAAGUAACUCCCCCCGUAUGCCUUGGGUGCUACAAACUUCUAGAAGAAGGCAAAACAGUUGCUUGCGAGAAAUGCGGGUAUCCAUUUUGCUCUAGCGAGUGCACUGCUAAACAGGAGCACAUUCCCGAGUGUCACUUCACUCAGAAACGAGGAGAAAAGGUCAAAAUCACCUUAUUCGGAGAGCCGAACCCGAACUACGAGUGUAUCACAGUGCUGCGCUGUUUAUACCAACGCGAUCACGAUGAGAAACUGUGGGCAAAGAUCCAGGGCUUGCAAUCACACUGUGAGGACAGGCGAGGGACCGCCAAGUGGAACUUGGACAAGAAGAUGAUAGCCGAAAUCAUCUGGAAGUUCUUUAAACUGGAGGGAACGUUCAGUGAAGAAGAAAUUAUGAGAUGCAUUGGAAUUUUACAGAUCAAUUGUCAUGAAGUGCCAUUACAAGAGCCAGAUUACGUUGCUCUUUUCGAGCGUAUCUCGAUGGCGGAACACAACUGCCGCGCCAACUGUAAUAAGAGCUUCACAUCAUCAGGAGAAAUCGUCUUGUACGGCGGUGUAAAUAUCAGUCCCGGUACCCACAUCACCGUGUGCUACACGGACCCAAUGUGGGGAACUGAAGCGAGACGUCAUCAUCUCGCUGACUCCAAGUUCUUCGAGUGUACGUGUGAGAGGUGUUCUGACGUCACCGAAUUGGGUACCAUGUUCAGUGCUGUUAAGUGCAAGAAGAAGGACUGCAAAGGCUACCUGCUGCCGGAAACCUUCAUUGUGCCAAUCUUGCACAAGACCAAAAAUCCUAAUCCAGAGACUCGUAACCUUGAUAAUAAGCUCUGGUAUUGUAACUCCUGCAAGGAUAAUGUUUCUGACGGGAUCAUGCAACAGCUGCUACAAGAUAUUGGGCGAGAAAUCAGAAUUAUGCCAAAGGAAGAUCCCUCUGCUUGCGAAAGGUUUAUAAACCACUGCAGCACUUAUUUACACCCUUCUCACUAUUACAUGAUCGACGUAAGUUUAGCUCUUGCUCAGAUGAUCGGGCAGGAGGAAGAGCAGGGUCUCGCGAUGGUGUCUGAUGACAGGCUGCUGCUAAAAACACAACUCUGCAAGAAGAUACCCGAUUUGUUACAAACUUUAGCACCAGCUGAGACUCGUCUUCGAGGUACCGUUUUGUUUGAACUACACGCUGCUGUGGCAGAAACUGGCAGGAGAAAAUCUCUCGUUGAUGGACCAUUUGUACUUCUCGGUUAUGUCUCGGAGUCACAGAAAAUACUGAAGGAAGCAGCUAUGUUGCUGCGUCACGAGCCUCCAGAGCUGCCCGAGGGUCGUCUCUUCCACCAGGCCAAGAUCAACCUGAUCCAGAUGGAAGAACUGAUCAAGAACCUGUCCGCUGUGCAACCGUCGCCAUUGUAG